AUGCUGCGAAAAUCACUAAUCGAAGAACAUUUGAAGCAACGGCUACAAGUAAAAGAACUUUCCUCGGAGUUGCGUAACACUAUCAGUAAAAUACUGGGCGAGCAGCAUAACAAUAGUGACAGACAUGAUGCAGCAGGGCGAGCGAGGCUAUAUGAGAGAUGGAGCUAUUGCCCCAGAAAAAAAGGAUAG